UCAAAACACUUGCAGCUGUGUGUGUGUGUGUUCUGCAUUCUGUGUUGUCCAGGCAUUGAAUCAUAUCUGUGUCUGGGUCCCUCCUGCUGACAUCUGGGGAAUUUCAGAAGUAACAGAAAUAACUUCCUGGAUUCACCUGCUAUCAUUAUUCAGGACACUUAAUACACAGAAUGAAAUUUGGCUUGGUGAUGGAGGAUCGUCUCGGUUGGUGUUCACCGCUCGAGCCACCAAUAAGACUAAGUCGGAUAAUGUUUUUUAAUAACUCCACAGCGCUGUGACAUAGAAACACGAUUCUGCUCUGAUUCCGUGGGUGAGGACAAGUUCAGUGUAUGUGGUGGUGAUUAUCCGGCAGUGUAUCAGUUAUAUUAAAUCUACCACUAUGAGAGAAAAAAGUGUUUAGAUUUUUUAUUUUUUUUUAAUGUUCCACGUUUUAUCUAUAACAUGCAAAUGACUUUGAGUAGACGACAAGCAGGCGGUGAGACACGUCAGAAACCGUAUUAGACUCAACUUCACAUGUGAAGCUCCAGAACAUAAGGAAUCAGAAGUCUUAUUUAAAGUCCACCUCCAGGGGGCGCUUUGAUUUACACCUUGAAAGACUGCUGAUGAAUAACAUGGGAGCUUCUGGACACCGGGACAUGAUUCUACUUUCUCUUCGUUCCCUGAAAAGUCAUCCGAAUGCCAACAAAUUUGUGAUUUCUCGAACAGGACGUCGGUUAUUUCAGGCUUUAAGUAGAUUUUUGUUUUAUUUUUAUUUUAAAUGCAAUGUCACCGAACAGGAAUUCUUUGACACCAAAAAUCUCUAAUUUUGCCAAAAAAAACACCAAAAAUCUGUUUCCACAAUCCAUGACCUGAUAUUAACAAAGAAGCUUUGUGUUUAUUUCAAAGAAGUGAGGAAGUGAAAAUCUCAGCAAACAACAUAAAAAGCACCUCUCAGUAAGUUUAAUACAGUUGGAUCGUUUGGGGGAAACGAUGCGAAACGGAUGGAUGUGAUGCACAAAUAAAAAGAUCUCUUUAUUAGUAUUUUUUUGGACUGCCCUAAUCAGUGUUGUCAGCGUUUGAUUUAAAGCCCCCGGAGUCGGCACAGUAAUCCGUUGUCUGUCUGACUGGCUUUAUCUCUCUGGGGUAAGCUUUUAUAUCGUGUCUCCACAUUCACCACCAUCUGCUUCAACCCCCUUCAUAAAACAAAAGGCACUCGUUAAAAUCCCUCCAUUCAAGGACAUGGUACUGUGAAGUUAUUUUGGCAGCCUGUUUCUGUCAGGAAUGCAGAAGUUGUGUAUAAAGCUGGUUUCCGUUGGUGAACUUCUCACAAACGGAGACCUGACACGCUCGUGACUGAGAGGAAAUGGGUGCGAAGAUGUGCUUUUGGAUGUUGUUGCUUCUGCCAGUAACGGUGGUCACAGGGCCACUGGACGAGACGCGGACAGAGACGGAGCGUAACCAACACGAGGACUUCAUCAGAGUCCAGUCGCUGUCAGGACAAAACAGAAGUGAAAGGGAAGGCCAAGUGCCCUCUGAAGGACCAGACGCUUCUGCACCCCGGCGUCUUUUGAAGGACGUUCCAUGUGUCGUCGAAGGUGUCCAUCAUCACCCUGAAGCUCUGCACGAGAUCCUCCUUGCUUUGCAAAACGUCUGGAGUAAGGACGGUGAGGCGAAGGAGCGGGAAUUCGGUCGGUUUGGAUUUUGUUCACAUGACGAUGGUGUGAGAUAUUCCCAGUUUUCAUCACUGAUGAAGGAGAAUAAAAGCCCAGAAUAUACACACAGCGAAAAAGAACAUUUGGAUGCUGAAAAAGACGGGACUUUCACAAUGACCCUACACUUCGCCAAGCCUGCGACGUGUUCCGAACAAACCACAACGGCUUCCAUCAUGCUCCUGUUUUUCAUUGACUUCUGCAACACAGAGGAGAUGAAGAUCCAGUUCAGCAGUCAAGACCUUCAGCCUAACAACCAGACAGCGUGUGUCUCUCAGGCAACACGCUUCCUGGUUCUUACAGGAAUUCGGAGUAAUAGCUUCGGUCAUGAGAAUAUAAAACUGAGGAUGGACGUUCAGCAAGAUGGUGGGAAGAAAUUAGGUUUGUCUAAAUUUCAGGCCAUCACGUCCUGGAGGAAGAGCAGGUCCGAGAGUCCAGUGAUUCUUCUGUUUCCCAAGAAAUCUGUCAGUGAAAAUGUACCUCAGUCAAAUGGAACAUUUCUCUUCUUGUGUGAACUACAGAAGUUCUUAAAUGAAGUGUCACCUCAAGGAAAUCCUCUCCUACAGGACGAAGUCAGGACCAUCAGCCCCAAUGUUCUUCGCUCUCUCCCUCCUUUAACUCUUGGCGUGUCCUCAAGCGAGUCUCUUCUUCGUGAGCUGGUCAAUUCUUCAGGACCAACUGUGUUCUUCUUCCCCCAAAGCGCCAGACUGAGGACUCACCGGGUGGAGCUGGCACUGAAGCCGUCGUUGCGCUCGGUGCUAAAAUUAAAACUCGACGAGACUUUAGCCCAAGCGCGGAUGGAGGAAUUCGGACGUGGCGCGAUGGAUAAGCUCGAGGUUCUCAGCGUUCUUAGUACGCUUUCUGUUGAUGGAGAAGAUCUAGAAACAGGUUUGGAGGAGCAACGUGAGGUCCAAUACAGAGCGCUCUUACUGCUGAAGGCUUUACAGGCUGUGCUGGGUGCUUGGGCGGUGGAAAGGGCACAGAGGGCAGCGCGAGACAGCCAGGACGGCCCUACAAGGGUCACUCAGUGUCACCUUGAGAGUUUCACCGUGUCUCUGGAGAAAUACCUGCUGGAGCCUGCUACGGCCAACAUUAACAACUGCGAAGGAGCGUGCGGCUUCCCUCUGAACAACGGGAACAACCACGCCAUCCUGCUGAACAGUCACCUCCAAAGUGGACAACCUCUGAAGCGCGGGAUCUGCUGCGUGCCCGUGGCGUAUGACGACCUGUGUGUGAUUGAGCUGAACAGCGACUCCACCACCAUUUCUUACAAGACCGACAUGAUAGCCAAGGAGUGUGGAUGUCGUUGAUAACAGCCCUCUCUCUCACACACAGACACACACACACACACACACACACACACACACACACACACACACACACACACACGUUAUAGAGCGUUCUCACACGGUACCUUUAAUUUCAUUUGUUGUUCACACGUUAACGCUCUCCAUAGAAACACAACGUAGUACAAUAUGAUCCUUAUUUUUUGAAAGAAAUAAAAACUUUAAACCCAGUUUCCAGUUGAAAUGACAAAUAUUUCCACAGUGACCUGGAGCUAUAUAUUACCACACGUGUAUGUUAUUAUUUAUUCAUUUACUUUCUUGUUGUUUGCUUCAUCGACAGGGGCGGUUCUAGGGUUUCAUCUUUAGGGGGUUUUAGCCCUCAGUGAGAAUUUAAAACAAGAAGAGUUCUGUAUUAUAUAUUAUAUGACAACUCUGGUAAUAAGAAUAGUGUCAUUUCACUGCUUUUGGUUGCUGUCUUUGCGUCUUUCCGACGAUUAACGUUAUAAAUAAACGCCUCUAGCUCUGACUGCGCGUGCACGCUGCGCGUACCUGUGCUUUUCCGUUCAAAUAAAGCAGACAGCUGAAGACGCACUUUUGAAACACACGCAUGUAAAAGCAAGGUAAAAAAAAAAUCGCUCUUGGAUCAAACUGAAAAAUAAUUUUAUUUCCCAUCGACGCCAUGUCCUGCAUUUUAACGUAAUUUUUAUUGUUUAUUUAUGAAAGUGGCUGAGGUAGGGUGGCUGAGAUUACAGACAGGGGGCUGAAGCCACCCUAAAAAAGGCCUGGAACCGCCCCUGUUCAUCGAUAUUAAUAUUUUUAAAAAAGUAUUUUUUGCUCUCUGAAGUGAACGACGAUCAUGUGGAAGUCGACAAAACAGAUAAUGACGCAUGAACUAGCCAAGAUUACGAUUUUAACCAUUUAUAAACAUUUUAUGUUCAAAUUAACUCACAUCCCUGCUUGUGCAUGCAAAUAUUAAAGUCAAAUAUAUGCAAUAAACAGCAACACAUUUU